AUGAAUUUGAAAAUUUGGGAUGUUGGAGGUCAGAUCUCGAUGCGCGGUCUUUGGCAGAGCUACUACACUAGCUGUCACGCGAUCAUCUUCGUGGUCGACAGUGCCGACGUUGGUCAAGAUCCCGAUAUCGCACGGCUUGCUCGGCGCACAAGCUCUGGGGCAGGUCCAGCGCGCACUGGCACACGAGCAAGCACAAGUGCAGAGGCCUUCUCGGAACAGAACGUCGGAAUCAACGCGGCCAGCAGUGAGUUCGGGCGAUUAGAUGAAUGCCGUCAAGUCCUCGAGUCGGUCUUACAAAGUGCCGACGUGGCUGGUGUUCCUAUCCUGGUGUUAGCAAACAAGCAAGACCGUGAGGACUGCGUGGAAGUGGUUCGUAUCAAGGAAGGGCUUGUCCGGAAAGUGUUUGAAGGAGAAACAGGAGGCGGUGUCCGUGACAGCCGUGUGCUGCCGGUCAGCGCGCUGCUAGGGUCUGGUGUACAGGCGGCUGUGGAGUGGGUACAAAGUCGUGUCAAAUGGAACAAAGAGGGCAGGCCUCCGGUGAUGCGCUGA